UUUAACUCAGCGCGAAAUUUUGUAAUCUCGCUACUUCCUUAAACAUUUAAAACUGCCUUUUCUUCUUAAAGGUUAACUUCGAAGAAUCUAAGUGAAAAAUUUAGACGUUGAUACGUCGAAGGAUAUUUUAAACCAAGGAUUUUCGGAAACAUUCGGGAUAUUGUCGCGAUUUAAUCGUAGAAUUCUCGGUAUAAGCGAGUAUUAAGGAAAAACAUGGCGGUUGCUGGAAGGCAAAAUCAACUUGAAUACUUUCUUCAAGGAAGCGUGGGGAAGGAAUCCGUGAGCACUCUUUUGCAUAGACUUAGAGGACUGUGUGAUGGUGCAUCUCGACAGUUUGCGACCUUUGCAGAUCGUGAAAUGUUAUAUUCACUCGGUAAUACAAAGCUAUUUUCUUCACACGAUAAGAGCAAUACAGAGAUUGUACGUUUCUUUUAAGUUACACAUCGACGAUCAUCACCUGGAAAAAAUGACGCUUUUUCGGUUUCUUGCAACCCAUUCCUGGAGAAACGUAUUUUUAUCCUUAAAAUGGCUAAGCCACCUUUUCUCGGUCCUUGUUCCACGCAUACAAUGAGUUCAUGGAUAACUGUUAAAAAAAAUGUCUCGAUUUGAGUUUAGAUGAGUAUUUCUACGCUUCUUUUUGCAAUUUGGUAAUGCUGUCAUUUGCCCUGUGUUGACCCAACACCUUCCUCAGUUUUAUUAUGGCUCUCACCUAAUUCAUAUCAUCAUCAUUAUCAUUAAUAUCAUUAUUGUAACUAUCGUUAUAGUUAUGACUAUCAUUAUUAUAAGAAUUAUUAUUUACUUUUUGAAUGACUUUUAUGGAACAUUAUCAACUGUGUUUUAGAAUUAGUCAAAAAUUUUUGUGUUCAUGAUAGAUAAAAAGGGUUUAAGUAAUUGUCAAGUUCCAAUUUAUGAGAAUGUAUUAUGAUAAUGUAUUAUUAUUCAACUUUCCUACACUGUACGAAUUCCGAUUUUCUGAUUGGCUGAUUCGUACCAUGUGUCAUACUGGGUUGUGAUGAAACAACCUCCUUGAUGCUAUUAUUGUGGUGUAAUAGCAGUUGUUUAAAUUCAACACAUUGCUGUUAUUAAACCAUGGCUUCAGCUGACUGGUUUAUAGUGAUCUCAGUGCAGUGUUUCUUUGUGCAGUGUAUUAAAUUUGAAAAAUAAAAAAGUUGCUGAACUCAUUGCUUGUGAAUUAUCGGGAUUUACUUGUACUCAUUCACAAACAAUGAACUUGAAAUUUUCAAUACUGCACAAGGCUGGUAUUGAAAUAUCUCGUUCAUUAUUAGUGAACUCAUGCAGGUUAAUCCUGAUGAUUCACUUGCUGAGUGCAUUAACCUGUAAUUAAAUACAUGGAUACUUUAUUUUUUUUGUGUGAGUUUUAAAUUCUAUUGUUAAUUUUACUGUUUUGCUCUCAAGGUGGUCCAGGGAACAGUGUUUCGCUGAGAGCACGACACUCUCUAGAUGACUCCAAAGCACCAUGGUAAGCAGUUAGCUCAUAACUGAUCUGUCACUUAUGAUCUCUCUUUGUAUAGAUAUAAAACACUUUGACUCCUCUAAGCGAUCGAUGCAUAAUUCCUCCUUACAAUACCAAUACAAUAUCAAGCAAACAUGUGAAGAGAAUAAAGAAAACAUCAGUUAGGGCAAUACUAAUUAAUCCAAUUAGAACUAAAUUCUCUAAACCAACAUUAUAAAUAUUGUAUGUCAGAUAGUAAGGAGAAUUAUUAAUGAGAUCUCAGGAAUGAAGGGAUUGAUAAGGGAAGUGUGUAAAAGAUGCACACAGGAAAAGAUGGAAAGGUGGUGCUCAUUCUCGACAACAACACUAUUGCUUCUGAAAAACGAGAGGUGACAGAGAAGAAAUUUGAUAAGUAUAUUUUCUGUUUUCCAGAAACUGAAGAGGGGUUGAAAUGUGGCACUCUCUGUUGAGGCUUAGAACAUUUACUUUUGAACAUUUGCUUUGUUUUGUUUUUGUUUACCAUAUGUGGAGAAAAAAAACAGUGCACUAAGAAUUUACUUUUCAUACUAGCUUAUACUGCAUUAUUUUGUAGAUGUUGAAUAGUGAUGAAAGUAAAGUUGAUUUAUUGUGAAUUAUCCUUGCUUAAAGUACUUUGACCAAAAUCACAGCACUGAAGCAAGAAUCCAUUGAUUGAAAUAUUAACUCAAAGGAAAACUGAGAAUACAUAAUUGUCUAUACGUACUAUUUAGGUUUUUUAGUAAAGGACUGUAUGGAAUAACAUUAUAAAUUACGUUGAUGCAAAAACAAAAUCUCCUUGUUUUUCACAAGGGAAUACAAGGCAAUCUGGAAGGAGAAUGUAGCAGUUCAACUGUUCCGUACAUCCUUCAAAUGCACUGUAUACUACUAAGUAAACCUAAAUAUUCAAAAGCAAUCAACCCUUAUACUCUCAUGAACUGUUUAUUAAUUCUUCCCUCAAGCUAGUAAACAUUUUCUUUUGAUUAAGUUACGAGAAUUUGGUGUUAAAUCAAGAUAACCUCCACCUGAUAAGUUUGAGUAUUCUCAUUACCUGUUUGCUGGAUAUGUAUUGGUAUUAUUUGGAGAAAUUACAUGUUAAACACUUAUUGGAGUUCUUUUUUUUUUUUUCUUGUCAGGCAGUUACGCUAUGUUGGUCAAAGUGAAAUGGGUGAUAAAAGUAGGAGCACCCUGUUACGCAGUUGUGUUGAGGUGUCAACAAGUGACAAUCUGACAACUUUCCUUAAAGAACUUGGAUUUAGGUGAGUAAUUUUAUUGUUUCUUUCAUGAUUUAUUUUCAUUGUAAAUAUGCAACAAUUUAGUAGUAAACUUGGUUGCACCCUAAAUGUUAAUUCUUUCUCCGGUUUUAAUAGGUAUGAGAGUGAAUUUGUCUUGAAGGGAUAUUAUUUUAUCAAAGGACAUAUGCGAAUCACUGUCAGUCAAGUUUGUAGAGUAAGUAACUGCCUUUUAUUGAGGGAAUGAGCAUUUAAACUGUAGGUUUGUGGUUGCUAAAUUGUACUUAUUGGCAUGUAAGACAACUUCACUGUUAUUAUAGUAUAAUUUACAAUGGAGCCAAUUACCUCUGCUGACCCAAAGAGUGAGUAGCAUCUAAUUUCUCCUUGACGGUAUAGUUGCCCAUAAAUCAGACAUUAAGGUCACAAAAAAGAGAAAAUGAUCACCAACUAAAGAAGCUAUUGAUUGUUAAACAAACUCUCCUUGUCAGACCUCAGGAAAAGUAUAGAGAACAGUAUGGAGAAUGUGCAUACUGAUGUUUAAGUGUAAAGGGUGAAGAGUUUGACUAUUAUAAAAGGAAAGCUUGCCUUACUGAUAUCUGUUGGCUAUGCAUGAACUACAUGACAGUACAAAUGCUUUCAAUCUGUUCUGCAUUUACUGACUUAAACACUGUAACUCCCAGGAGUGAUUAACAUGUAACUUCUCCCCAUAAUAUCCAGAAAUUAUCAAGCAAACAGGUUAUGAGAAUACUCAAAAUUACUAGGGAAAAUACCUUGAUCUAACUCCAAAUUCUCAACUAAUUUACAAGAAAUUGUGUAGCAACUAGAGAAGAGAAUAAACAAUCAGAUCCUAGGAGUUAAAGGUUAAUUUCAAAAUCUCAAAGCUUGCAUUAUAAAAACGUUUAACAGACAGUGAGGAGAAUUAGUUUAAUCAAUAGUUCAUUAUUAUAUACAAAAAACAUGACAACAUCAUGGAGGAAGGGCUUAAGCCUGGCUUUUUCAUAUGACUUUGAGGGAACAAGUGAUAAAAAGUGUCUCUACCAGUAGUUAAUCUGUUAACUAAGUGUAAAUUGCUAUUUUUAUGGACAUGUUGUAUUUGUUGCUCUCUAUACACAGGUUGUGGGUGUCAAUGAUCCACAAUCAUCCCAUCCUAUUGCAGAAUCAUACCUUGUGGAAAUCAGUCUUAUGACCACAGUGCAACAGGUAAUAGAACUAAGGAACUCUUUUUUUUCAUUUGUCACUAGUCAAAAUUAAAGAAAAAAUUUGGGUUCCCCAGAAGGAAUGAACCCAAGAUCUGAGGUUUUGUGGUCCAAUACUCUUUCAGAGAGCCAUGGACAAAUUUUUGGUGAGCUAGAAAAUGUAUAAGGUUAUAUUUCAGUAGUACUGUUAGUUUGUAGCUCAGUGGUAAAGCAUCAGACUGUAAAAUCCAAGAGGUCUUAGGUCCCAUCUGUUCUGGGGAAACCCUGAUAUUUUAUUUUUCCCUCAAUAAUAAUUAUGAAAGAUCAACACAUUAGGUUGUUGAAGAACUGUAUUAAAAAUACACAUCUAGCUUUCUUUAUGUAGUAAUAGGUGGUGAAAUUUCCAAGUGGUGGAUAUAGACAGUUUAUUUGGAACAGCUUCCUAUGAAUGGCAUUUUCAAAAUGAAGCCAUAGAAUGUGACAAGAAACUUUUUAAGUAUCUGAUCUCUCUGCAGGACACCUUGGCUGAUGAGAUAAAGGCUUUUGCAGAACACUUGAAGCCGUAUCCUUUUCUUAAAAUCUGUUAUCCUUUUUUAAUGCCAAAGGGAUUAUUAUUGAAAACAUUUGUGCUGGGCUCAAUUUGCAGGGUUUCUUCAGUCAAGUGUUAAGUCCCCUAAGAAGGAAGUUUGUGCUUGGUGACAAUUUGCUUUAUAUUAAAUGAAUCAACGUGCAUGGAUGUUCAUGAUUUUAUGCAAGUUGUCCUAUACAGA